AUGAUUGCAGUGUCGCCGAGGAGAAGACUUGCCCAAGUUAGCCAACGGGGAGUGAAACAGCUUCGCCUCGCCGGCUCCAACCUUCGCGACUCCAUCCACUUGCUUUUUAUUUUCUCAGCCUCAACGUCAACACGACUCUGCAUGUUCUCCAAAACAGUCUAUCUUUUUCUGCAUCGGUUCGGCUCUCCUUCAAUUUCCAAUCAGAUUUAUCUGCCUCCAUCCAUUCUUGCUCUUUUGCUGCUCGGUUUAUCGUAA